AUUUCUUUCGAUCUCGUUCGCCGUGAAGUGAGCAUUCAAGAAAAAAGAACGAUCUAACUAAGCAUAAAAAAUUUUUUAAAUUCAAUUAAGAAAAAGACAUACUUAAUUUAAAUUAUUAAGGUUCAGAAUGAAGUCUGUUAUUAUUUUACUAUGUUUUUUGGGUGUCGCGACGGUAGUUAUUGCUCGUCCAAAAACACCUUUUGACAACAUCAAUAUUGAGGAAAUUUUUGAAAAUCGACGUUUAUUGUUAGGCUACAUUAACUGUAUUCUCGAGCGGGGAAACUGCACUCGUGCCGGAAAAGACCUUAAAUCUAGUUUAAAAAACGUAUUAGAAGAAAACUGUGACAAAUGCAGCGAAGACCAACGGAAGAGUAUCAUCAAAGUCAUUAAUUAUUUGGUGAGCAGCGAACCGGAAAGCUGGAACCAACUCAAAUCGAAGUACGACCCUGAAGGGAAAUAUUUAAUCAAGUACGAAGCUAAAAUGGAAUCUAACUAACAAGAAAACGUUUCUUUUUGUGAACAAAAUAGUAGAAAGCUUUAGUUUUUAAUGAAUGCGCUGUUUUAGAGUAUUUUAACAAGUAAUAAAUCUUAUACCUUUAAAUGAGCAAUUCUUGUAUAUAUAUAAUCUGAAUCUCGGAAACGGU